CCGAUUAACAUAAUGCCUUCUGUCUCAGUUACAUCGCAUUUCUCAACGUCACUCUCCAUUUUCCAUUCUUCAUCAUCUUCCACCUUCCGACUUUACCAAAUUCCAUGCCAUCCCACCAAACAAAGCAAACCAAAACACCACCGUCUCUGCAAAGUGUCAUGCCACAAUAUACCAAAUGAAGAAGGAAAACCAUCACACAACAGUGCUGAAAAAAAUAGAAGGGACAUUCUCAUUGGGCUUGGAGGACUCUACGGUGCAUCCACUCUUGCAGUCAAUCCUUUAGCCAUUGCUGCUCCAGCUGCCCCUGACUUCAAAUCUUGUGGCCCACCAGAGAUACCAACUGAUGUACCAACCACCGUUUGUUGUCCUCCACAAUAUUCUUCUCCCAUAGAUUUCGAGCUUCCACGACCUAGAAGAUUCCUUAGGGUUAGACCAGCUGCUCAGUUUGUGGAUGAUGCCUACAUAGCCAAGUAUAAGAAAGCUCUCGGUAUCAUGAGAUCCCUUCCUCCUGAAGACCCUCGUAGUUUCACCCAACAAGCUAAUAUCCACUGUGCUUACUGCAAUGGUGCCUAUACCCAAGUUGGGUUCCCUGACCUAAAAUUACAAGUCCACAACUCCUGGCUAUUCUUUCCUUUCCAUCGUUGGUACCUUUAUUUCUAUGAGAGAAUAUUGGGAAGCUUGAUUGAUGACCCAGAUUUUUCUAUCCCAUAUUGGAACUGGGACAACCCUAAGGGUGGCAUGGUAAUCCCUUCCAUUUUCACAGAUACAAACUCCCCUCUCUAUGACCCUCUCAGGAAUGUGGAUCAUCAACCACCAACUCUUAUAGACCUAGACUAUAGCAAAAAGGACGAUGACGAUCCCAACGGGACUCCACCUCCAAAUGAGCUAAUCUCUAAUAACCUCACUAUAGUGUAUAAAAGUGUUGUCUCGGGUGGGAAGUUUCCACGGCUCUUCCUAGGAAGCCCUUAUAGUGCUGGUUCUGCUCCUGACCCUGGUCCUGGAAGCUUAGAGAAUGUUCCUCAUACUCCAGUUCACCUUUGGAGUGGUGAUAAGAGACAGCCUCACCGUGAGAACUUGGGAAUCUUCUAUGCAGCGGGAAGGGACCCCCUUUUCUAUGCUCACCAUGGCAACGUGGAUAGGAUGUGGAACAUAUGGAAAACAAUACCAGGUGGGAAGAGAAAGGAUUUCACUAAACCUGAUUGGCUGGAAGCUAGCUUUUUGUUCUAUGAUGAAAACAAGAACCUUGUGCGUGUAAAGGUGAAAGAUUCCGUUGACUCGAAAAAGUUGGGGUAUGUUUACCAGGAUGUUGACAUUCCAUGGCUCAAGAAUAAGCCUAAGCGCAGAAGAUCUAAAGCUAAGAAGGUGGCAUUGGCAGACAGUUUUGGAGUUGGUGCCGCACGAGCCGCUGAGGCUACGAGUGCAAAGUUUCCUCUGACUUUGGAUUCAAAGGUUAGCAUCAUUGUGAAAAGGCCAAAGCUGUUGAGGAGCCAGAAGGAGAAGGAAGAAGAGGAAGAAGUGUUGGUGAUUGAUGGGAUUGAGUUUGAUAGGGAAAAAGGUGUGAAGUUUGAUGUAUUUAUCAACGAUGAAGAUGAAAAGGAGAUCAAACCAAGCAAUACUGAGUUUGCAGGAAGCUUUGUGAGUUUGCCACAUAUUCAUGAGCAUUCAAACUCGAAGAUCAAAACCUGUUUAAGACUUGGAAUAACGGAUCUGUUAGAAGACUUGGAAGCUGAAGAUGAUGAAAGUGUUGUGGUGACGUUGGUGCCAAAAUAUGGAGAAGGACUUAUCACAAUUCAGAAUAUUAAGAUAGAGUUUAUUUCGGAAUGAAAAAUAAGUACCUGUGAGCAAAAUAAUUAUGGCAUGUUUGAAAAGGUAUUUUCAAUAAUUAUCUGAAAUCAUCUGAACCUUCAAAUGAUUUCAACGUUGUAUCAGAGUUUACUAUUCAAUGGCAAAAGAGUAUUUUGCUUGUUUUA